AUGCCAUUUACGAAGAGCGCCUUGCGUGCAGAGAAGCGGAUGCAAGUGGGUGGCAGCGGAAGUAGCAGCAGCAAAGGGGCUGGGCCAUCGAUGAUGAUGCGGCCGAACCGCGAGAAACUCGUCCAGCAGUUGGAUCCAGAUGCAUCUGUGCGCGGCCCUGGCGCUUGGGACAUGGAAGACAUGCACUAUGAAAAGGCGUUGAUCCGCAGCCUGUUCGAGUAUGUGCGUGCGGGUGAAUUGGACAUGGCACUUGAUCUAUGUGUCCAGACGAGCCAGUCGUGGCGUGCAGCGUCGUUGCGCGGGGCGAUUUUCUAUCACGAUCCAGAUGUGUCAGCGCCAAGUAAUGGCGACUUGGCUGGUCCUCUGGGCAAUCGCACACGAAGUAUUUGGCGCCGGAUUGCUUGGAAAGCUGCACUGAACGUAUCAUUGGAUCCCUAUGAGCGUGCCCUGUAUGGUGCCCUGUGCGGCGAGCUUUCGUCGGUCCUUGCUGUCAGCGAAACGUGGGAGGAGCGACUCUGGGGCUAUAUAAAUGCACGCUUCGAGCAGCAGCUGGAGCAUGGCAUGAUCCAGACGGCGCCGUUCGCCGAUGUUCAGCGUACGGAGGAGACGACUGCUGAAGCAACCGAGAGUCUCGAGUCUAUCUUUGAGCAACUUGCUCAUGCGUCGCCGCAGGCGACGACGGAGGCACUUGAUCCAUACCAUAUCGUGCAGCGUGCCGUCAUCACCGACAGUGUACCAGACCUCUUGUCACGAGUGAACGCGCGCCUGCCAGAGAUGCAGCUACUCGACGAGCGCGUGUACGCGCGACUUGUACGCUUCUUCGCGCACCUGGCGCUGUUCUGCCAUUUGAUCCAUAUUCCAUUGCCUGUGCCGCUACGUGCGCCGAUAUUGAAUGCGUAUGUGGGCGUGCUCCAGCGCGCGGGCCAGAGUUGUGAGCUUGUCGCUCUCUACGCAUCCAGCUUGGAGCUGGAGAAUGCGCACGAGGUGUACGCGGACUUUUUAUGCACCCUUGAUCCUGAUACGUCCCUCGAGGACCGCCGGCAUGCUCUUGUGCAAGUCAAGCCACAUGGGAUGGAUCCUGCUAUCGUUGCACGCAAAACUGUGGACUUGUUAUUUGCCGAGCUCGUUCCAGCGAUCGUUGAUGAAGCUGAGAUUCGCGAGUGGAAUGCACACUUGAGCAUCGAUGAGCGAAGGCUAAUUUUGUCGAUCGAUUGGCUUACGUUCUUCGACGCAACGUAUGCUGAUGCGAUCGUGCAGGCGAAUACUAUCAUGCGGGUAUUCCUCACGACCGGCCGCUUGCACGCCGCUCACAGUCUGCUUCAUCGCCUGCCGACAGAGCUGCUGACGGUCUUGAGCGAAAUCACUGUGUCGGAAGACCAACUGGUCGAAUUAGACCACUGGCGCAUCUACUUUGACGUGCUGAACAAGAGUGUUGCAGUGCGCGGAUUGUGGAGCGAUGCUGCUCUCGCAGACUCGCACGCCGAAUUCCACGACUGGGCUUCGGCGCUACGCUCUGCAUGUGACGCUGCACGCCUCGCGACAUUGGAGCUGCUCGAACUAGGCUGGCUGCAGUUCCCUGUGUCAGAUCCUGCGCGGCAAGAGCAGCUUGCACUCAUUCGCCGCAAGUACAUUCCAGAGAUUGUCGUAAGUUUGCAUUUGAUGCUCGUCGACACAAGCCACAUCGUCACUGAGAAUCUCGCGCAUGCGCUGGCGCUGCCGAACCUCGUGGCGGAUGAGCGUCUUUGCCUGUAUAUGGAGUUUGCCGUGCCUGCCUCAUCCAGCACGCAUCCACUCCGCAAGUAUCUGGAUCAUGUGCGAGAAGCGGCUCUGUUGGCUCUGGAUCGACGGCAAGACGUGCUUGGGUGCAAUGCAGCGCCUGUUUCGUAG